AUGAUUGGAGGAUUCAUUGUAGAGCCAUCCUUUGCUCUCCAGUUCCAUAAAAUGGGUUCAUUCAGAAGGCCUCGACCUCGCUUCAUGAGCUCCCCAGUCCUCAGUGACCUGCCGAGGUUCCAGGCUGCCCGACAGGCUCUGCAGCUCAGCUCCAGCUCUGCCUGGAACAGUGUUCAAACAGCAGUGCUAAAUGUGUUCAAAGGGAGAGGCUUGCAGAAAAAUGAACUUUACACCCUCAAUGAAAAUAUCAGAUGGCUGCUGAAGAGUGAACUUGGAUCCUUCAUCACAGAUUACUUUCAGAACCAGCUCCUUGCGAAAGGCUUGCUGUUUACAAAGGAGAAGGUUAAAUUGUGUGAAGGUGAGGAUCGCAUUGAUGUCCUGUCUGAAAUCUGGGAUCACUAUUUUACAGAAAUUCUUCCUACACUUCAGGCAAUAUUCUACCCAGUCCAGGGUCAGGAGUUAACUAUACGUCAGAUUGCUCUUCUUGGCUUCAGAGACUUGGUCUUGCUAAAAGUCAAGUUGGAAGAAAUUCUUCCUCUGGUCCAGACAGAGCUCCCAGCUUCUAUUGUCCAGAUGCUGUUAAUUCUGCAGAGUGUCCAUGAGCCAACUGGCCCCAGUGAGGGCUAUCUACAGCUGGAAGAACUGGUCAAACAAGUGGUGUCCCCAUACUUGGGUUUGUGUGAGGAUCACAGCUUCUCUGGUAGCACCUGUUUGCUUGAGAGACGGUACUCCAGAUCCCGUCCUAAGACCAGCGUACUGAAUUACCCAUCUCAUGUGGUGAUGACCCGGCAGGCCAGCGAGGUGGCCUUGACCCCACUGACAGAGCAGGAGGGUGAGGCUUACCUGGAGAAAUGUGGUAGCAUCCGUCGCCACACUGUUGCCAAUGCUCACUCAGAUAUUCAGCUCCUGGCAAUGGCCUCCAUGAUGCACACAGGAAUGGUGGUUGAAGAAUCAGAGACUACGGACAAAUGUCUCCUUCUGCAGCCCAGUUUUAGCCACAGGCAGUGUUCCAGUGAGCCCAGUAUUGCUGAUGAGCCAGAUGUAGUCAUACCAGCAGGAAGGCAGGACCCUGCAGACUUGAACUGCACACCAGCCAGCUAG